ACGAAUUUACCUGCAACAAAUGAAAACGGUACACUAUGUUCUUCUCCUCAGAUCUCUAUUACUCAAUGUCACAUAAACCAAGAAACCCCACAGACUGAGCGUUAAUACCGAUGCACUGAAUCGCGCAACCUGUUCGAGAUCAUCUGAAGAUGAAGAUAAAGAAGCAGAACGUGCGCACGCUCUCCCUCAUCCUCUGCAUGUUCUCGUACCUGCUGGUGGGCGCCGCGGUCUUCGACGCGUUAGAGUCCGAGACUGAGAGCGCGCGGAAACGCUUCCUAGAGCAGAAGCGCAACGACAUGAAGAGGAAGUAUCGCUUCACUGAGGAUGACUAUCGGGAGAUCGAGCGGGUAGUGCAGCAGGCUGAGCCCCAUCGCGCCGGCAGACAGUGGAAAUUCGCUGGAUCUUUUUACUUUGCCAUAACUGUCAUCACCACGAUAGGUUACGGCCAUGCCGCCCCCGGCACAGACGCAGGGAAGGUCUUCUGCAUGUUCUAUGCCGUUCUGGGCAUCCCUCUUACACUGGUGAUGUUCCAGAGUCUGGGUGAGAGGAUGAACACGUUCGUCCGCUACCUCCUCAGCCGUGUCAAGAGAUGCCUCGGGCUUCAUCGCACAGAGAUUUCCAUGGAAAACAUGGUUUUGGUAGGUUUCUUGUCUUGCCUGGGAACUCUGUGCGUGGGGGCCGCAGCCUUCUCGCACUUCGAGGGCUGGACGUUCUUCCACGCGUACUACUACUGUUUCAUCACUCUCACCACCAUCGGCUUUGGGGACUUCGUGGCUCUUCAGAAGAAGGAGGACCUUCAAGAAAAGACACCUUAUGUAGUCUUUAGUUUCAUGUACAUCCUUGUGGGCUUGACAGUGAUCGGCGCGUUCCUCAACUUGGUGGUGUUGAGGUUCCUCACUAUGAACAGUGAGGACGAGAAGCGGGACGCUCAGGAACGAGCCUCACUGAAGAGGGGUCGUAACCUCACAGCCAUGAAAUCUGGGCGGGAUAAUCACUGCCAUAGCAACCUCUUCUUGCCCAUAGAGGAGGGCACCAGCUGCACCAACCUCAUCCUGUCCCCGGCAGAGGAGCGCGAGCUGUACUCGCCUCUGCCCCUGCCGUUACACGCAAACCAGUGCCGGUCUCGGUCUCAACUGAGCCUGCUGUGCACCUGCAUUUGCUAUCACUUGGGCCUCUGCAACAGUCCAACCCCAUCCCAAAACAAGUGUCCUGAGUGCAAAAUUAACUCUGUGUACUACAACUCUGUUUCCUACAGGAUACAAGGUAGCUCCUCAACCAGGAACAAUACAGUUCUCUCCUCUCCAGGUAGCACACUUUCUCCUGGACUCAGCUUCAGAGAGCUGCCAGGCGUACGGAGGAAGUCUCUGUAACUAGUGGGCUGUUGUCUGGUUUAGAUAGUGAG